AAGCUCGAAACCGCCGCAACCCGAUCACCUCCAUCCCAAAAACCUCCUUGACGCUCGCUCUUUACCCAGUUCAAUUCCCCUCCCUACAUCAGAUCGAUCGCAAUGGCCGACUCGAACGAUCCCCAGCCUGUCUCCCGCUCGACCCAGCUGGUCAGCGAGGCUCUGCUCAAUGAAAAGUGGGAUCGUGCCAUCUCCUCCAUGAUCAUUCGCUCCUCCCUCGGUCUCUCCUUCGGUGUUGUCUUCUCAGUUCUCCUGUUCAAGCGCAGGGCCUGGCCCGCGUGGGUUGGUCUGGGCUUCGGUGCCGGACGUGCAUGGGAAGAGGCUGAUUCUUCCUUCCGUCGGGGUGAUUCCCCCGUCCGAGAUGCUCUGCGCCGGUAGAGUUGGGGGGGGGGGUUGGAAGGAGGGGGAUUUGGCAUGCAGCAUGUGUAUGUAUGAUACCUGUAUAGGUGGAAAGGGAAAAUACCUCGGGACCAAGGCAUGAUUUACUACACAGUUUAGAAGAAAUUCUAGACUUGAUUGAUUUCCCCCCGCACUAGAAUGCACUUCUUUUCAUUCUGUUUUGAUACUUCUUUCUCUGUGAGAUCGCUUGCAUUCUCUAUAGUUAACUCUCCAUCUGCUUUCUUUCGUGUAGGGAGCUAUCCAAAUGAUGAAG